UUGCCAACAAAGCUGCUACUUCCACUUCCACUAACCGGUCUAAGCAAAGUUAUUCCUCCAUAGCACAGAAACUGGUAGCCAACAAACCUGAGGCGAACGCUGAAGCAGCCCAAAGCGCUCUUGCUUUCUUCCAUCAAAAACGUAUGCCACACCAAAGCUCCACUGAACAACGUCUUGGCUUGCGACGCAUAUACGUCAACGGAAUACCUAGGACAAGCUAUAAAGAACUUGAAUCCCGAUUAUUCUCUCUCCACUUCAUGUUAACCAAGAUCGUUAACAUCAGCUACAUCGCACAGAAUUGCGUCGAAUUUGUCAUCCAGGAGGAUUAUACCACAACGUUUCUUGUGCUUCUCAACGUUAUACAGCUCACUUGGAAAGCCAAAGCAGUGAUACGAGAUAUCAUAAAAGAAGUGGAAUCAUAUGGUGGUAAUAACGACGGUGAGCAUGCUGAUGUCGAUGUGAUGACAGCUAGACUUAGGACACCUUCGCCGGCGACACCAAAUAAACGACGCCUAUGUAUACCUUCAUGUGUUGCAUCACCUUUGAAAAAGCAAAAGAGCCAGGCAUGACAAGACAGUCUUCGACGACAUAUAAAAUUGAAUCGCCUGAAUUAGAAGUUGGCAAGGGUCAACGCGGAUACCAUAUGCCUAAGAAUCCUGAGGAUGUCCAUGUUGGAAAAGAGAUUCAAGCAUCAACGAAACUAUAUGGGUGCACUAUUUGCCAAAAUCAGUUUUCAAUGACUGAGGACCUAAAAGAUCAUUACCAACGCGAGCAUACAGGUAGGAUAAGAGAAUCCAUUUGAUAACCUUCAUUGCAUAAAUUUACG